AAGCCACACGCUAGUGAGGUGAAAACAAAAAAAAAAUCCGACUCUGGAUUUACUCUGUACGUUGUCCGUGCUUAUAGAUUUGAUUUCAUGAGCAGGCGUCAGUGACAACCGUGGAGAUAACAAGUUGAAAACAAAAAAAUCUAUUCGCACGGAUUCCUUGUGUGCUUUUCGCUGAUAACUGUUUCAACUGUAGGACUUGUUUUAUAUUUUAAUGUAAUGUUCACAGUGACUUUUGGUGUCUCUUAUAUAGAAUUAUAAGAAACAGUCCGAUCUAUUUUAGGUUGUCUUGACGUUGUACCAGCCCUGUGUCGUCUGCUUGUGAUUUUCAAAUGUUGAAUUUAAAGUUCUACUCACGUCUCAAUCAAUCCGUUCAUUAUGAAGCUAGAACUUAUAAGUAAAGUCAAUCAAAAAACUUAAAUCUAGUGGAAUAACAACUUGCAAGGAUACCUGUGAAUUCUUAAAACUGUCAUCAUUUUACCAACUUUAGUUUAGUUGAAGCUAUUGGAGGUCUUUUCCCCUUGGUUCGGAUUUCUUUUCCUUGGAUGAUAUUUUAACUGAACACCGGAUUUUAAAAGUUGCAAGCAGGAGAAAGGAUUUUGAAGUCAUUGCUUACAUUUCACUCUAGGAACACCGGUGACGUAAUUCUGACUCUCUCGGUAGACACCGAUACGUCAUGUCCGUUGUAGGGGAACCUCACCCGUUGGGUCCAGGAACGCCCCUUGCUAUGCUCGCCGCCCAAUGUAACAAAAUCACCAGCAAAUCUCCACCCCCGUUCAGUGAGUCACCCAUCUUGAAAGGCGGGUUCCACCCCUGGAGAAAAGCGGAACCAUCAAGCCCCAACCCUUGCGCUGUCAGCGGCGGAAGCUCGUCCAUGAAGCCCAGCUUGACCUCCGCCCAGACCAGCGCCUCCUAUCUAGGGUAUGGGCGUUCCGUGACAUCCAUGGCGUCCUCCGGGGGCGGAGCUAUCUACGCCAACGAGCUUUUCGCCUCUUCUUCGCCAGGCGGUGGCGGAUCUUAUGGAAACGAUGGAUCGCAAUCACCUGUACAGCACAAGGUUCACGACUCAGCAUUAGGGACGAUGUAUUCUAGGAUGCAUCCUUUGACCUAUGACCCUUGGCCCUUCAACGUGGGCAACCCCCACACCAGUGGCCAUCCCACUAUAAAAACGGAAGUUUCUAGCUCACCAUCUGUCAACAACGCCAGUGCAUGGUGGGAUGUACACGCGGGUGCUGGUUCCUGGCUCUCAGACGCCACCUCCAACUCAGCGUCUGCCGGUGCUGCCCUCCGCACCCAGAUUUCGCCAAACUACCCCGGCUCUGACUUUGCCCUCAGCCACGCCUUGGGUUCCAACGCCAAUGCCCUACUGACCUCUGGCCAGCACCUUCUGCAGGACACGUACAGCACCUACAAGACUAUGCUCAGCUCACAGCCCGACCUGGGCGCCGCGUCCAUGUCACCCUUCCUGGCGGCAACCAGGUCGAGCAUCUCAGGAUUGCCCAGCGCGAGGACUCAGCGCCGGUACACCGGUCGCUCCAACUGCGACUGCCCCAACUGCCAAGAGGCGGACCGACUCGGGCCAGCAGGGGAGCAUCUGCGCAAGAGGAACAUCCACAGCUGCCACAUUCCGGGGUGCGGGAAGGUCUACAACAAAACCUCCCACCUCAAGGCGCAUCUCCGCUGGCACACGGGCGAGAGGCCAUUCGUCUGCAACUGGCUCUUCUGCGGGAAGCGGUUCACCCGCUCGGACGAGCUCCAGAGGCACCUCCGCACGCACAGCGGGGAGAAGCGCUUCGCGUGCCCCGUCUGCAACAAGCGAUUCAUGCGCAGCGACCACCUCAGCAAACACGUGAAGACGCACAACGAAGGCGGCGGGGGCGAAGGAAGUGGAAGCGAGUCGGAGAACGUGGUGGGCGAGGGCGGAAUGGUGCGAGACGCCCUGUCCCCACACGAACAUCACGUGCAUGGAAUGACGUCACAUCCUGCAGACGUCAAACCCCUCUGAAUGAUACUGAACAGCAUAGAAGACACAAGCAAACUAGAUCUAAACCUCUGCCCUUUCUUUUGUCAUCCCUCCCCCCACCUAAAUAAAUUGCAUUUAUAUAUGCAAGUAUAUACUAUUGAGCAUUGACAAUCAUUCUCAAGAAACGCAGGAUAUACCCCCAGUAUUCAUUAACAUUCUGAAAGGUAUAAUAAUGUAGUUUAUUCAUAUUUCAUAAACCAAAUUUAUGACAUAUUUUUGAGUCCAUUGUGGAAAAGCUAAAAGACAAUUGUAGCGCGCAUAACGCUACGUCCUAAACACAAACUUCCGUCAAAUGUCAUCUCGCAUGUGACAUUUGUGGACAAAAUGUUGACAAUCAUAGGAUGGAUUUAGUCCUCGCAUACGUGAUGAGAUAUAAUAAAAUAUUACAUUUGAAGCCGCGGAAAUGCCAUGGUAUUUCACAUUUUGAUUUUUCUCCUUCGCUCGUGUACAGUUCAAGAGAAAUCUUCAGCUGUGAAGUUAAACAUUUGUGUUGUCGUAAUUCCAUUUGAUGAGGGCUACGUGAAACGUCACAAGAAAUAGGAAUUAUGACGUCAAAAGAUGACGUGGUUCCCUCCACAUUUAUAUAUAUAUAUAGUGACGCAGCGAGCCCAAUGGAUGGCUGCCAUGUGUGGUAUUCGAUCUGAACGUUUGUGUCGAUGGUUUAGAGUUCGAAUCCUGUCCGCUGCCCAUCCCCCGCCAUCCUUCGAGAGGUUUGGGCUAGGAUUUAAUUAUCAAUACUGGAAGACAAAAAAGCAACAUUUGAAUCAUGUGAAGCAAAGCCAAUGAAAUACUUUUAGUAUUAAAUAUAUUGACCUCAAAAGAAAGCCACUGUAU